AUGAUGGAAGCUGAACGAUUGUCGUUUGUAAAGUAUAACCAACAAAGUUUUAGAGCGGAUAAUGUAAAGAACCUAAGGGGAGCAACAGAACGAGGAGAUACAGAAGGUGCAUCUACCGGUAGUCGUAUUGUUAUACCAGCCUCAUUCACUGGAGGACAUAGUUACAUGAGGGAGAAUUACCAAGAUGCGAUGGCUAUUUGUAGGUGGUAUGGCUACCCAGAUCUGUUUAUAACCUUCACAUGUAACCCAAAGUGGCCUGAGAUCACACGGUUUGUAUCGAAGAGGGGCUUAAGACCUGAAGAUAGACCGGAUAUUAUAUGUCGAGUGUUUAAGAUGAAACUUGAUCAGCUGGUCAAAGAUUUAAAGGAUAAAAACAUCUUCGGCCGAGUACGAGCAGUUGUGUACACUGUUGAAUUUCAAAAGCGUGGCUUGCCACACGCACACAUACUUUUGUUCUUACAUCGUGAUGACAAGUUUCCUAAUGGCGAUGCAAUAGACAAAAUUAUUUGUGCUGAGCUGCCAAACAAAGAUAAAAAUCCAGAGUUGUACGAUGUUGUCACAGAGUUCAUGAUCCAUGGUCCAUGUGGUGCUUUGAACCAUGAUGCGCCAUGUACCACGGAGAAGAAGUGCACAAAAAAUUUCCCAAAAAGGUUCAAUGAGAGAACAACUGUUGAUGAAGAUGGAUAUCCUGUUUACAGGAGAAGAGAUAGUGGUGCAACCGUCGAAAAGAAUGGCAUCACGCUCGACAAUAGAUUUGUCGUUCCUCAUAAUCCAGAGUUGUUGUGUAAGUAUCGUGCCCAUAUUAAUGUAGAAUGGUGCAACCAAUCUAGAUCGAUCAAAUAUUUGUUUAAGUAUAUCAAUAAGGGGUAUGAUAGAGUCACGGCAACAGCGUACCAGAACCGUCAAAACUCUGAAGAUCCAAAGGAAAUAGAUGAAAUCAAAAUGUAUUAUGAUUGUCGAUACAUAUCCCCAUGUGAAGCCAUGUGGAGGAUUUUUGGUUUCACUAUUCAUUAUAGAACCCCAGCUGUCGAAAGGUUGAGUUUUCACUUGCCUGACGAGCAGACCGUGCUUUACACUGAUGAUGCUGAUUUAGAAUCCGUGCUCGAGAGACCUAAUAUUGAGAGGACAAAAUUUUUGUCAUGGAUGGAGUGUAACAAAAGAUAUGCUGAAGCAAGAGAACUAAGCUACGUUGAAUUCCCUACGAAAUUUGUAUGGCAACAAGGUCCACGUGAAUGGACACCUCGAAAAAAGGGAUUUUGCAUCGGAAGAAUUUAUCAUGUGUCCCCAGGAGCAGGUGAAAAAUUCUAUUUGCGGACAUUGUUAAAUUUUGUGAAAGGUGCAACAUGUUAUGAAGACAUACGCGUUGUUGAUGGAGUACAAUAUGCAACAUUCAAAGAAGCAUGUUAUGCUAGAGGUUUGUUAGAUGAUGACAAAGAGUAUAUUGAUGCUAUAAUUGAAGCUGGUUUUAGAGAAUCUGGACAGUAUCUCCGCAAUCUUUUCUGCAUGCUAUUGUUAUCAUGUAGUUUGACAAAACCUGAGACUAUUUGGGAAAAAACUUGGCACCUUCUUUCCGACGAUAUUUUACAUAGACAACGUAGACUUCUCCAAGACGCGGCAUUACGUCUAAGUGAUGAACAGUUGAAAAACUUUGCUUUAGCUGACAUCGAAGCUAAGUUACAAAGUAAUGGUAGCACCCUUCGUAAAUUUACCGGAAUGCCAUUUCCAAAUGACUUGAUUGUAUCAGAUGGUCAAAAUAAGCUCAUUAUGGACGAGCUUUCGUAUGACCAAGAGCAAUUACAAAAGGAGUUUCAAGAUCUUUAUGCUGGACUGACUGAUGAGCAGCGUGGAAUUUAUAAUGAGAUCAUAUCUGCUGUAUUGCGCGGUAAAGGAGGUGUAUUCUUUGUAUAUGGUUAUGGAGGCACGGGAAAGACAUACCUGUGGAGAUUAUUAUGUGCAGCAUUAAGGCGUAAAGGGGAAAUUGUUUUGCCAGUUGCAUCAAGUGGAAUCGCCUCUUUGUUGCUUCCACGUGGGAGAACUGCGCACUCUAGAUUUGGCCUACCACUAAAUGUCGAUGAGAACUCAACAUGUCAUGGCAUUAAGCCUGGAUCGGACUUGACGGGACUACUUAUGAAGACAAAGCUUAUCAUUUGGGAUGAAGCUCCCAUGAUGCAUAAAUAUUGCUUUGAAGCUCUUGAUAGAAGCUUAAAGGAUGUUUUGCAAUCAAUAAAUCCAGCAAAUCGUCAUAUCCCAUUUGGUGGUAAGGUGGUUGUGUUCGCUGGUGACUUAAGACAGAUAUUGCCUGUUGUUCCCAAAGGUAGCAGACAAGAUAUUGUAUUUUCAGCAAUCAAUAGUUCUUAUUUAUGGGACUUCUGUCGUGUGCUUAGAUUGACGCAAAACAUGCGUCUCAGAAUAGGAUCUGAUAAGUCAAAUCUGGAAGAAAUUAGGGAGUUCUCUGAGUGGAUUCUGAAUAUCGGAGACGGCAAAGUUGGUGAACCGAAUGAUGGUGAAGCCAAUGUAGAAAUUCCUCAUGAAGCAUUGGUAUACGGAGGAGAUGACCCUAUUUCUGCAAUAGUCGAUAGCACAUAUCCUGAUCUAGAAGAUAACAUCUGGGAAGCAAGUUAUUUUCAAGAAAGAGCUAUUCUUGCUCCAACUAAUGAAAUUGCUGACAUGGUUAAUGAUCGUGUUUUGUCACGCUUACCAGGUGAAGAAAGAACGUACUUGAGUUCAGAUGCAAUUUCAAUGGAGGAAGGGAAUUUCGGAAUACACGAGAUGUAUUCUACUGAAUUUCUGAAUACAAUCAAGUGCGGCGGUUUGCCAAAUCAUAAUAUAACCUUGAAGGUAGGGGCACCAGUGAUGCUACUACGGAAUAUUGAUCAGACUUCUGGGCUUUGCAAUGGUACUAGGUUAGUUGUGAAGCACCUUGGCAAUCGAAUUAUUGAGGCAGUUGUUGUAUCUGGUAGUAAUGUUGGUGAUAAAGUUUUUAUUCCGAGGAUGACACUUACCCCAUCAGAUGCAACAAACCAAGGACAGUCCUUAGCGCACGUUGGUUUAUAUCUCCCCCGGCCAGUGUUCAGCCACGGACAAUUGUAUGUGGCUAUUUCAAGAGUUACAAGCAAAAAGGGUUUGAAAAUCUUGAUCUGUGAUAAAGAUCGUGGUAACUCAUCCGUUACAACCAAUGUGGUCUAUAAGGAAGUUUUUCAAAAUGUUUGA